AUGGAGCUGAGGAACAGUGGCGCUAUGCGACUGCCUGACUUGUCAGUACUUGAGAGAGCCUUGACUUGGUGCAAGGGCAUGUCAGUUGUCUGUGUGUGGUGGCUAGCAUCACUGGUGCACCUUAAGAUAAUGCACCUGAAGGAGCGGCCAUCGAUCACAGACGGCGGCAUGAGGCGCCUGCUUGCAGUGCCCCUGUUAGCAAAGCUGGAUCUGAACAUGCGCACAAAGGUGACCGACGAGGGCGUGGCACUGAUCGCAUGUCUGACUUGCCUGGCUGAUCUAGACCUGGGCGUUUGUCCAAAGAUUGCAGGGGAGUGGCGGGAGUGA